CUCCAUCUACCGUAAGAAGACCAACCGCACUUCGCAACACAACUGCUCUCUAUAUUGGCUGAUAUUGAGGGAAUACUUUGGCCAUGCAGCUUCUAAAAGCUGGGCAGAUGUUUCUGGGCUUCAUCCUCUGCGUCUCAGGGGCUCUGGGAGCAGAGAGAGGCAUCUGCGUCCUGAAGGGUUCAUCCGUCAAUCUGACUUGCUUUGCUGAAAAUCCAGCCGCGCCCAACACCUGGUGCUACCUGAAGGAAAACAAAACUAUGUGCGUAGUGAAAGAGAUUUCUGAGAUUUCUGCAAGUGUCACCUACAACAUAACGGAGGACGGGACUCUAACUAUCAGAGAUGUAAAGAAGAGUGACGAGCACAGCUUCUGCUGCCAAGAAUCCUGCAGGGAAUGCAAGAACAGAACAAAGCUCCACGUCGCAGACCUCCAGGUGAAAGUGUUUCCUGCCUCAGAGGGACAGAAAGUGACUCUGAUGUGCUCAAGCAGCUGUUCUCUGACUGAAAGCCCUGCGGCCUUCAUCUGGUACCAGAACGGAGAGUUCCUCUAUGAGGACUGGUCCCCCUGGUACCAAGAGCUGGUCAGCAGUGAUCAGGCGGUCAGAUACUCCUGUGCUGUCAAAGGCUUCGAGGAUCUCAGAGCUCCUGACGUCUCAGUGGACUUCAUCCAUCCAGACUGUUUCAGUGUGACGUAUUUAAAUGGAGAAAUGUGUCCGGAGAAACUGAAAUCAGCCGAGGCGCCGUGCUCCAUCACGUACCCCAGAGAUGUACGUGUUGAAAUGCUCCCUAAAACGGAUUAUGUCACACUGAUCUGUAAGACCAGCUGCCCCUCCGCUGACGCUCACACCGCCUUUACUUGGUACUGGAACAGAAAGGCUUUCAGGGACUGCACCAGUCAGGACAUUAUGUUAUUUGAAUCUGAGGACUAUGUCUCCUGCGCUGUUAAAAACAAUGAAUACAUGCACUCUGAUGAGAUCUGCACAAACUCCGCUACUGUGAAUUAUGUCAGCAGGAGCUUGUGCGUGCUGGAAGGAGCUGCUGUAAACAUUUCCAGCAAAUACACAAAGAGCCACUCAAGUCAUCCAACCUUGCUUUCGUGGUAUAAACUAAAGCGAGACAUGAAUGAGGAGAUCGACGUCACCAUAAUGGAAGCAGGAGGUCGGCUGGAGCACCACAACAUUGAUCAUUAUGAACACACGCUCACAAUCAACAACCUGAUGAAGAAUGACUCUGGUGAAUACAUGUUCACUCUCAAUAAGUAUCUCAUAAGUGAGCAGCCUGACCUGCUGGGAGCCAUCCUGGUGGUCACAGGUCUGAAGGUGACCAUGACUCCCUCUGACAUGGUGACAAAAGGUCAGAGAGUCACGCUGACCUGCAGUACCAGCUGCCCUCUGAGUGAGGAGACAACCUACAUGUGGUUCUUCAAUGAGGAACCUCUGAGCCUCACUGGGGGCCACAACAAGCAAGUUGUUCUGAACCCAGUCAGACGUCACCAUGCGGGGAACUACUCGUGCGCUGUGAUCAGAAGCCCCCAGAACAUCAGCUCGACCGUGAAGCUUCUUACUGUCAGAGACGGAGAUAAAACUGCGACAGCAGCAAUGAAUAUAACAAAAAUUGUUUUCCUGUUGCUGCUUCCUCUUGUUGGAUGUAAGCUGUACCUGAUGCUGAGAAAAAGAAAAACUGCAACUCGCAGAGUCAAGGCGAGUGAAAACGUGGCAACCGAAGAGGUGACGUCACAAUACGAGUCGCUCCCGCUUACGGACAGAAACGCUCGUGCUGCAGGAGGACUGGAAGACAGGCAGCAGGACAUUGUGUAACGACUUGACUUGAUGGGCUGCGGUAUUCGACAUAAGCCCUGAAAGUCAUGGACAGAGUUCAUGGGGGAAAAAAAGCAACUUUAGGUACCAAAGAUAAAGCCUUUUCCGUUGAUAUCGCUUCUUGCUCAUGGGUUGGAUGUAACUUCUUUAUCUGCUGAUAAAGAAGUCACAAAGUUCAAAUGGCGAUGUCCAGAUCAAGAAAGAUGAUCAUAACCUUUCAUGAAACAGGAUUCUGCGAACUAAGUAGUAGAAAUAACACCACAUUUACUAAGGCUUGGCAAACCCUCUGUUAAAAUAUCUAAACAGUUGAGAUUUAAAUAAUGGAGACAAUGUUAUCUCCUGCCAUUUAAUGUGGCAUUUCACUAAAGAAAAACAAACAUGUUAGAAGAUAAGGAUUAAGAAAAAUGAAAAACACACAACGGCCUGAUUAAGUACAAAUACAUGUUGGAAGCACCUUUUGUGUCUGUUUUAGCCUUUACUUUGCUUUGGCAGAGUUCGCUUUGCAUCUUGACUUUGUCGUCUCUCUCUAAUCUAGCUGUCAAGCUUCCUCCAUCUGAAAAAGAGUAACAUGACAUCCUGUUCCUACCAGGCAUGCAGUGCCUUUGCUGAUGCUUCGUGUCGUUUCUGUGUACAAACUUAACUUUUGGUCAAAACGCUUCCAGUUUGGUUUCUCCAGACCGCAGAACAUUCUUUACCAACCUUUUUAGAAGACUUCAGCUGAGUUUUUUUUGCUAGAAAAUAUUCCUGACGUCGAAGCCUUUUGCUCAGUCCAGACAUGCAGAGCAGAUAGUUUUCACAUGUGGAAAUCAACCAGAGCUUGUUGGAAAUUGCUGCAGCUACUUUAGCCGCUUAGCGUGACAGUCGAUGUUUGAUGUUUUUAUCAAUUCAGGGGAAAAAAAAAAAAAGAAAACGCCCAGUGUUUUUUUAAAAACAAAAACGAUUUUCUCCAGUUAUUGUUGAUUGUCUUUACUGUAACAUAGUGGAUUGUUUUGUAUUCUUCUCCUGACUGAUACUUUAGCAUCUCCAUGGCUGCAUCAACAGGUGGCAAAUAUGAAAAUGUAAGGAACGUCCCAUUAGGACAACUGAGCCUUAUUUCAGAUAUAAUCGAUAUAAUUGAUGAAAGUUCAAUGAGACUCAGAACUCUUGAGUUUCAACAGGAUUGUGUAUGCUGAUGAACGCCAAAAGUAUAUUUCUUGUUAAAUUGUCCUUUAAAUAAUUAUGUUUGUUCUUUGUUUUCAAAUAGUAGCCUGAUUGAUGUCAGCAGAUAUUUAACCUAGAACCAUUUUCAACCAUUUUGUAAGCAGUUCAUUGUAAGCAUUCAUUUAAUUUGCC